AUGAAGUGUAGUCUCGUUUAUGCGGCCCUGGCUGCCACAAUCGUUCUUGCCCAGAAAGCCCCAGACUGCAAUGCCUUCGUCAAAACUUGCCCAUUCAACAAGGGCAACACCAAAAGUCAUAUCAGCUAUGACUUGACACAGACUUCGGCUUUGAAUGAAUGGACAACAAUUGGUGGAGCAGUGGGCACGGGUUCUCAGGGUGCAGAGCUCACCAUCCAUAAGCAAGGCGAUGCUCCGACAAUUGUCACAGACUACUACAUCUUCUAUGGUGAAGUCUCUGUUGAGAUGAAGGCGUCCCCUGGCACUGGCAUUGUCAGUUCUGUCUACAUGCUGUCAGACGACAAUGAUGAGAUUGACUGGGAAACACUGGGUGGUUCUACCGACAAAAUACAGACAAAUUACUUCGGCAAGGGUGACAACAGUGAAGAUUACAAUCGCUGGACCUGGCAGCCGGUGACGACCCCGCAAGAAUUAUUCCAUAAAUACACUUUGAUCUGGGCCAAGGAUAAAGUGUCAUGGUCGAUUGAUGGCACCGUUGUUCGGACCGUUGAUUAUGCUGAUGCGAAAGGAGGAACUCGCUUCCCACAGACACCGAUGCGUGUUCGAAUUGGUAUCUGGGCGGGAGACGAUCCGAGCAAAACAAAUCCAAGCAAACUCAAGGGCGCAAUCGACUGGGCUGGCGGAGAGACUGAUUACUCUAAGGGGCCAUUCACGAUGUACGUCAAGUCAGUUGAGAUUGUCAACUACACCCCGGCAGAGAACUAUGUAUAUUCCGAUAAAUCUGGCUCUGCUGAGAGUGUCGAGAUACAUAGCGACGUCUCCUCGAGCAAGACUUCGAUUUCGAUCCAUUCGGGUACCUCAACCACCGAUGUUGCCUCACUGGGUUCGUCAUCUACGGUUUCAUCUGCUACAAUCGCAUCUUCCACAUCGCAAAAUGGGAUUUCCGCCGUCCCAACCAUCAAUUCAAGUUUGAACUCGGGCGCUACGACCAAUUCUUCCAGUGCCACCAGCACCCUCCACAUGACCACAUCUGCUGAGACCAAAAGCACUGUCACGCGUUCCAAUUCAACAUCAGCAGUGAGCCCUUUGACCACAGUUAGCACGACUUUCAAGUCGAGUACUAGUGCUAUCACCUCGACCACCGGUUCCUUCAAUUCUGCUUGUGCCCUGGGUUCGGGUUAUCUCGCACUUCUGACACUCAUAGUGGGAUUUAUGCAGAUAUGGACUUGGGUUCUCUGUGUUUGA